AUGGGUACUCUAGUGUUCGAAUGGAACAGCAUUACACAAGUUAUUGGAUCACCGAUACUAGUACCAUAUUGGGCUCUGAUUAAUUUCUUUGUAGGAUUUCUUUUUUUUGCUUGGUUUUUUAUACCAAUUAUUUACUAUUCAAAUUUAUGGAAUUUUAUAAAUUUGCCCAUUACGGGAUUUCCAAAGAUAGAGCAGCUUGGUUUUACGGUUUUUUUUACAGCCGAUGGCAAGGUAUUUUUGCCUAACCUUUUACAAUAUCUUACCAAUAGUACCUAUGCCAAGGCUAUACCACCAGUUUUAUAUGAUGCUACAACAGCUACCGCAAGUUAUUUAAUAUUUGCCUCAUUAGCUUCGCUCGGUGUUCACACAAUACUGUAUCAUGGCAAAGAAAUACUUGAUUAUUUUCGUACUUCACUGCAAAAACGUGAAAAUGACAUUCAUUGCACAUUGAUGUCAAAAUAUACGGAGGCACCCGAGUGGUGGUAUAUAUUAUUGUUCGUCAUUUCAUUUGUUCUUUCAGCUUUAGUUUGCCAUUUUGGAGAGUUUAUGCCAUGGUAUUAUUUAUUUGUGGCUAUUCCAUUCACGUUUGUAUGUUUAUUACCCAUUGGUAUUGUUCAAGCAACAACAACUGUUAAUAUUUUGCCCAUUUUUAUUGCAAGAAUACUAGGUGGUGUAUUAUUUGAGGGCCGCUUUUACCCAAGUGGUAUCAUGACAUUUAUGGUUUAUGCUUAUCAAAUGCAAACAAGAUCAUUAUCAUUAAUUCUUAAUUUGAAAUUUGCACAUUUUCUGAAAAUUUCUCCACGUACUCUGUUCAUGACUCAAUUAUCAAUUACCAUUAUGUCUGUUAUCAUAAGAUAUCUUAUAACCAAUUAUAUAUUAAUAAUUAUUCCCGGUUUCUGUGAUAUUAGUAGUAUUGGGACAGAUUGGCCAUGUACAAGUCUAGAUCUCCAAACAGUAUUUUUUGCAAUGAUAGGUUAG